AUGGCAUCCUCUCUCUCCAACAAUCCUUUCGCAAGACGAGCACGUCUACCAUGCUUCAACAACGAUGAUGGUCAAGCACCAAAAGACAAGAACACUCCAAAUCACUUUCAAAUGCCUGGGAAUAGUAAUAUCAACGAUGCCAUCACCAUCAAGCCUGCAAUGAAAGAAACAGAAGAGCUCCUCGCUUCAGAGAUGAGUCAAUUGUCGGUGCAGGAGCGGUCUAAGGCAAUGGACGACCUACACUGUGUAGGAGUAGAACUCCAAGAGACGACUGAAAUGAUUCAGAAAUCGCUUGCGGAGUUUGAAGAGGCAGUUCAGAAGGAACGAAACCCAAUCUAUAAGAUGGCCAUCAAUCAGAACAGAGCUUACGAGGAGGACCCUACGUUUCGUCUGAGGUUCUUGAGAGCCAAGCUAUAUAAUGUUCGUGAAGCGGUUCGGACGAUGAUUAGCUUUCUCGAGUAUAAAGCGAAAUACUUCGGUGAUGACAAGGUUGCUCGGGAUAUAACAUUGGAUGAUCUGAGUGAGGAGGACAAGCAACUGAUGCUAUCAGGCCUGUUUCACAUCCAAGAUGGGAGAGAUCGAAAUGGGAGACUUAUCGUACAUUUUUUCGGCAAACUGCUCAGUCGAUGUAAAGCUGAUAACCUGAUUCGCAUCGGCUACUACAUCAUGUAUAGCAUAUUGUCCUCCAUUCCGGAUGUACAAAAGAAGGGAAUUGUUGCAAUCUAUAACGAUACUACGCAACCCGGGGAAAAGUUUACAAUGCCUGAAUUCAACUUCAUUAAAGAAAGCCAAGGAUUCUUUGCUUCGGUGCCUACUCGAUAUUCUGGCAUGCACUACUGUCUACAAGCCAAGUCACGUAAUCUUAUGGUGAACAACGCCCUUGUCAGUCUAUUUCUGAAAGGACUGCCUCAACAUGAUCGCGUGAGAACUCGAAUACAUUAUGGGUCCAUCAUGGAGCUUCGUUACCAGCUCCAAAGUUUUGGUAUUCCCUUGUCCACGAUACCGUUUGGAGUACAAGGUAACAUUCGUAAUGACAUUCUGAAUGUCUGGCUCGACAGGCAUCUCGAAGAGACCAAUCAAAGGAUUCGCUUCUACCAACCCGACGCCGCUUGGGGCUGGUCUCAAGACAUGGAGAUAGAAAGCAAGCGUUCGAAGCAGCCGCAGCAUGGGCACUGUGAUAAGAAUGAAGAUGAUGCAAUAGAGGCUUUAGGGAUGGAAGUCCACGACUCGAUGUGGGCAUCAUCAACUGAAGUGGGUCCAGAUGAUGCUGUGCCGAUGAAUCGUACCACAGGGCCAAUAGAACCGACCGAGAUGGAUGUUUUGUUUGGAAAAGGGUAUCGGCUACAGUUGCAUCCUGGCAAUGUCCGUUUUCGAGAGUUCCUAGAGCAGCGUCGAGGCGAAUAUGAGGGUACUCCGCGACAGAACAGACGAGAUAUUGCAAUCAAGUUCGCGCAAAUGCUUCGGAACAACGGUGUUCGAUUUCUCCAGAAAGCCGGAUCUGAAGAAUGGGUAGAGAGCGAUAGUGCACAAGCAGAGACGAAGGUUGCUCAGUUCUUUCGAGAGCUGCGAAAGAAAAGGUCAAAAUAA